AGCAGAUCGUAGCACUAGCAGACGACUGUCAUUUCAAAAUGUUGUUAAAAGUGCUGUUUUCCAUACCUCUUUGCAUAGCGACAUGCUAUGCAAUGUGUAUCCUUUCUUUUAACGCAAUGACUUUCUUUUCAUUCCAGAAGACACAUACGGUAUACAUCGUUCAAGAUUCCAAAGAAGUCUUGAAGAUUUUGCUGUUUGAUCUACUCUUAGUAGGAGUGUUUGUAUUACAACACAGCUUGAUGGCAAGUCGUCUGUACAAAGACUUAAUUGGGAGAAGGCUGGGAUUCCUGCAGAGAUCUGUUUACACUAUUAUUUCUUGUAUUACUCUUAAGCUUUUGUUCGAAAACUGGAAAACAGUCAGUGGAUGGGAUAUAUGGUUUUGGGACCUGCGUGAUUCUCCAGUUACAUCUGGGUUCUUUUUCUUGGUUCAUACAGUUGCUUGGUGUGUCCUGGUCCUGGAACAUGCAUUGAUGGAACCUUUCUACCUCAUAGGGGUGAAACAGGUGUACUACUGGCUGUGGGGGGAGGUGUCCCCUUGGCAGUACAUGUCUCGGAGGUUACAGAGUCUCAUUGUCCACAUGCCACACCCUGGUGUCCUGUGUUUCCUCAUCCUACUGUGGGUAUACCCACACAUGUCCCUGGACCGCUGGCUCAUAUCUACCCUCCUUACCUGGUACACCUACCUAGGACUGGGUCAGGUCACCAACAAGGACUAUAUAUACAUAGAGGAACAAACCAAAGUCAGAAUGACCACCAGUUCAAGACGUGUUGUAGAUUGAAGGAAGAGUUAAAUGUUUAAAUGUGCUGUGAUUCACAGAAGUUAAAUCUUAAAGACUUGCUCAGAUGAUAUGUUUUUUAAACAUGUAUAGUAGUGAUAUAAGUGAUCGCAGAUGAUGACAUGGUUUUCAAACAUGUAUAGUAGUGAUAUUAAUGAUCGCAGUUGAUGACAUCAUUUUAAACAUACAGUAAACUCCACAUUUCACGAAGUCGGAUUUAACGAUAUACCGCAUUUCACGAAGUCUUUAAAAAUCCCCUACUGAGCCUCUAUAUAAACCUUUGUAAAUUAAUCCUGUAUUCACGAAGUCGCUAUGUACGAACUAUCGCUUUGUGCGAUAUGGUCUGGGGGUCCCCACGGGAUAAUUUACCUGUAUGUACGAACUGUGAAAACAACUCAUUAACCCUACCCGAUAUAAAUCGCUGUAAAAACAAGUCACUGUUCAUUUGUUUGUCACUUUAUACACGAAGGAAGGUGUCAAAAUGGCUACUCCGAAAAAGAGAAAGAUAUUGGAUCUUCAAACGAAACACCAAAUUUUGAUUGAUGUCGACAAAGGAAUUCAAU